AUGUCUGGACCUGCCGUUCAAUUGUCCUUCACACUUCGCACCUCUCCCAACGUCAAAACUGUUCAUUUAGUGGGAUCCUGGGAUGGUUACAAGAACCAAUUACCUCUUUCCGUUGUCCGUGAAGCCAAGCCUGGGUCAUGGAAAGGCACCUUCCGCUUUCAAGGCUCUCAUGCUUUGAAGCUCGGAUCCAGGUAUUGGUAUUACUACAUCGUCGAUGGCUAUCACGUUUCCCACGAUCCGGCCAAGGAUUACACCACUGAGCCGACGACUGGUCGCAAGUUGAACGUUCUGGAUGUUCCGGACGGCAAAAGCGCCCCGAGCACGCCUUAUGGCACAAAAGCGCCAGCCUCAAACCGGUACAGUCGCGAGAUCCCGAAAGGACGAGCUUUGAGUCCGGGCAAGAUUCAGCACCCACGUCCCAGCAAGCCUUACGCUAGCCGACAACUCCGAGAGGCGGACUACAGCACUUCUCCAGUUGCCACCGAUGACCUUGCCGAUCGUUUUGCGGGGACGAAAAUAUCAGACAAUGGCUACAGCUAUCCUUCGUCACCGGCCAGCACACUCAGCUCGAGUUCGGGUGCGACAUUCAGCGACAGCGGCAGUGGGGGCUCAAGCCCCAGCUCAUUCAGCAGUGUGUCUAGUACUUGCACAUGCGAGCGUUACGGCAUCACUCGGUCUGGGCAAAAAGUCAAACUCGACUGUGGAGGCAGCAGGUGCGGCUACACUUCUGGUAGUGCAAGUGAUUGUUCCUCGGAGACUUCGAGUGAAAGCGAGGAAGAGUAUGCGAAGAGGAAGAGUAGGAGCUAUGGUGCCAGACGGCAAAGCGCCUAUUACAGCAGCUCGAGGAGAUGA